AUGGCAAAAUCUCGCGUGCUAUUAAUCGGCUGCGGCGGAAUCGGGACAGUCGCAGCCCUCAAUCUGCAAACCGGUCAACAGGCAGACGUGUCGGUUGUUUUGCGGAGCAACUACGCGGCGGUCCAGGCUGCUGGGUUUCGCAUCGAUUCGUGUGAUCAUGGCGUCCUCGAGAACUGGAGGCCGGCUGCUGUUCUGAAUUCCGUACCGGAUACAAGCGCUGACCCUGCCACGCGCUUCGACUACAUCGUGUGUUGCACCAAGAACAUCGCCGACAGCACACCCCAACUGUCGGACAUCAUGGGCCCAGCCGUUACGCCCGGACACACAGUGAUCGUCCUCAUUCAAAACGGACUCAACAUCGAACGCCCAGUGCAGGCCAGGUUCCCCAGCAAUAUCGUCCUCUCCGGCGUCAGUCGCACCGACGCCCACGAGAUCGCCAAGGGCGUCAUCCAGCACAAGCAGUCUGACAAUCUCAACAUCGGCGCCUUCAACCACCCAACGAUUGACCCCACCGAGCUCACUGCCGCAGCGGAGCACUUCGUCCGGAUCUAUUCCGCUGGGGGCAAGACCGUUUGUCGCCACGAGCCAAAUGUGGGGUUGGAUCGGUGGACCAAGCUUGUCUAUAACGCUACGUUGAACCCGAUCUGCGCGCUAACGGGGCUUGACACUGGGUCUCUACAGACGGAUGGGCGAAGCUUGGAUGCGCUCGUUGUUCCGGCUAUGAAAGAGGUGGUCGCUGUUGCUGCGGCUAAGGGAUAUCUUCUGCCGGAGCACAUUAUACCUAGAACGAUCGCUAGUAAUCCGGUGGACAAGAAGAUUUCGCCGAGUAUGCUGGUGGAUGUACGGAAGGGGAAUUUGAUUGAGCAUGAGAAUAUAUUAGGCGAGGUUGUCCGGGAGGCCGAAGCAUUGGGUAUCGCAGCCCCGAUGUUGUCGAUGCUGUAUCAUCUCUGCUGCGGGGUACAGCUACGCCUGAAGAAGGGAAACUAGGGUUGGUGAGUGGAAACUCGUGUUUGCGGCCUUCGAGAUUAGGGUCUCACCUUCUGGGAUAGAGGCGUCCCACUCCCCUUCUUGGAAAGUGUUCACAUUAAGAUUCAUAAGGAAGUGGCCCGAAGGCAAGGCAUACGGCAGUGGCUUCUUUCUUGUAAUGUACGUUUUCUCCCCCGUAGUGAAAGUAGUAAGCGGCAUCAUAGAUCUGCCCGAAAUUGUCCAUCCUCUUGAGGUCCGAAUUUAGGUCACGACACCUGUGACACACACCAAGGGUCUCAAACCGAUCUCACGAACCAAAUUCUGCUGGACACUGCAUG